AUGACGUCCCUCGCUGCUUUGCGCUCUGCACGACGAGCGUUCCCCGGGUCCAUUGUGGGCUAUCGAUUGAGUCGAUCGAGUGCACGCCCGAGCCCUCGCGCGACCUCGAAUCAAAAUCCUCGUGCCCCCACCAUCCCCCACCACUCAUAUCCCCGCCGCACUCACUUUUCCUCGUUCCAUCAUUCCGAUCUGCACGCCAUGCCCAAGGAAAAGAAUUCCUUUAACCUCAAAACCCCCAAGGGGACCAAGGAUUGGUCCGGGUCCGACGCCCUCCUCCGAGACCGCAUCUUCACCACCAUCGCCGAUGUCUUCAAGCGUCACGGCGGCACGGCGCUGGACACCCCCGUCUUUGAGCUGCGCGAGAUCCUGGCCGGCAAAUAUGGCGAGGACUCGAAACUCAUCUACGACCUCCAGGACCAGGGCGGCGAGAUUUGCUCGCUGCGCUACGACUUGACGGUUCCCUUUGCGCGCUGGCUCGCCAUGAACUCGGACGUCCGAAGCAUCAAGCGUUAUCACAUCGCCAAGGUCUAUCGCCGAGACCAGCCCGCCGUCAGCAAAGGCCGCAUGCGCGAAUUUUACCAGUGCGACUUCGAUAUCGCCGGUGCCUUCGACCCUAUGGUCCCCGACGCCGAGAUUUUGCGCAUCGUCAGCGAAGUGUUUGAGGAGCUGGGGUGGAACGGCCGGUACACCAUCAAGCUGAACCACCGCAAGAUCCUGGACGGAGUCUUCGCGGUCUCCGGCGUGCCCGAGGAGAAGAUCCGACCCAUCUCGAGCGCAGUUGACAAACUGGAUAAGAUGCCGUGGGCGGACGUGCGUCGAGAAAUGGUGGACGAGAAGGGCCUGGACGGCGCUGUAGCAGACCGUAUCGAGACCUAUGUCAUGCACAAGGGCGGGCGUGAGCUGCUCGACUCGUUGCUGAAGGACGAGACCUUGACCGCCAACGAAUCCGCCAAGGCUGGUUUGGAGGACAUGGCUCGCAUGAUGGAUUAUUUGGAGGCUUUCGACGUGCUGGACAAGAUCUCGUUUGACAUGUCACUGGCACGUGGACUGGACUACUACACGGGUGUGAUCUACGAAGUCGUUACCGAAGGCUCGGCACCCACGGCGCAGACGGCUGCCCCGGAGGCCCAGAAACUGCAAAAGUCCGGCAAAAAGGACAAGUCCAAGAACCUUGAGGACGAGGACCGAUCCAAUGACCCCACGCUCGGUGUGGGCAGUAUCGCCGCCGGCGGCCGCUACGAUAACCUGGUCGGCAUGUUCCUACCCAAGGCGCAGAUCCCCUGUGUCGGCAUCUCAUUCGGUGUCGACCGUAUCUUCUCCAUCACCAAGGCUCGUCUCGAGCGGGAGCAAAGCUCUGAAUCCCUGCGCAGCAGCGAGGUGGACGCCUAUGUCAUGGCAUUCGGUGGCAAGGGCUUCAACGGCAUGCUGAAAGAGCGCAUGGAAGUAUGCCAGAAGUUGUGGAGUGCUGGUGUCAAGGCUGAAUUCUCCUAUAAGCUGAAGCCUAAACUCCCUCAGCAAUUCAAAGCCGCCGAACAAGGCGGCAUCCCCUUCGGCAUCAUCCUCGGCGAGGAAGAGCUGGCCGCUGGCAAAGUCCGCAUCAAGGAGAUGGGUCUGCCCGACGGCCACCCCGAGAAGGAGGGCGUCGAAGUCCCGCUGGCCUCGCUCGUCUCGGAGCUGCAGUCCCGUCUUGCCCGCAAACAGGCCGGCGCCGUGUCGAGUCUGGCGGAGCAGUUCCAGGACGUGCAGGUUGCUCCAAAGACCGAGGAUGCAGGUGUUUGA